GCUUCUCCCCAUUUUUGGUUCCUUUAAGGGUGAAGUUUUCCACUUUAAUAGGACCAUGAUUUGGUACGAAAUGUAUCCAAUGCUCUCCCUCGCCUCUAACUUCACAGAGGGGAAAAUGCGGCAUGCAGUACAUAUGCCUCUCUUGCUCGUAGGUUCAAACUGUUUCUCUCAAAGCCUCACAAAAGCUGACAUUUCAGGUGGUGUGAGGGAGGUGCUGUCUGGUGCCUGAAGAAGAGAGUGAAAUUCUGAAGCUUGAAACUUGCACUGUAAAUGUUAACGCUGUGUGCCUUAGGGAGCUCCGUCCUUCUGUGUGUCUUGUGGAGCAAGGACAUCUUUACUGUGUGUUUUUAACAGCACCUAGCAAAUAAAUAACACAACAGUAGAGGGGACACAGACACAAGUGUAUUGGUGUCCGUGUGAAACUUCCCUGCCGACAGGAUGUGGCUACCGUACAAGGCAAGAGUAUAAAUUGUAACACACGUUACUGUGUCUGGGCACCGCUCAACAGGACUUCGCCACCCAGUCGUUUCCUUGAAGCAUCUUUCACUGGCGCCUCAUUCUGCAGCAGUGUUUGGACGGAGAGAGAAAGAGCUGGCUAGUCGGACUGUCAAGCAUUUACCCAAUCGAAAGGUGCUUGGGAGGAAAUUGACAUUUGGCAGCAAGUCUCAGCGCCUUACUGGAAAAGCGAAGAAGUAGAAGUGCUUUGUAACCUCAGCCAUUCCCACGCCUCUGGGGAGUGGGGACACUGAAAAGGAAGCAACUCCACAGGGCCAGCACGAGGAGACAAGUCUUAACAGAAACUAAAGAAAUGGAGAAUGGGACCGAUCCCGUCUGUAUUGCAAAGGAGCCUCCGUUCUCUCGCAAAAUUAUCGGAAAAAAGAAGAGUAAACAGUCACAGAAUCUGUGCAGCAGCCAUCAAGAGGAUGAUGCAGCAGCUUCUUCCUUGCUAUGCCCAUGGUGCUGCUUGACCUGUUCCCAGUGGUCGUUCUGCAAAACUUGCAAUGAUGCAGAUGACUGCAUGAAACAGAGUGGCGAAUAUCCUGCAUAAACCAGAUUGUACACCGCAUACAACUGUGGGCCUGCUCACUGAUAUUUUUGUCAAACUCCAGGACAACUGGGAAUCCCGCUUUUGUAGACUGCGGCAACAACUGUGUUUGAAAGCACAAGCUGAUGUUUUUUUUUUUAAAAUGUACCUACAUUUAUUAAUCAUUUAUGCAGUGGCAUAACUGUGCAUUAGGCUGUAUAGAACAAAGAAAAAGCAAGGCCCCUGCCCGAAGGAUCUUACCUCUAAUGUUACACAAAAUGUAUUCAGUGAUGAUAAUAGGGAGAUUGGGGAGACAAAGGCUACAGAGACAAGAUGCUCUGGCCUUGAUCUAACAGGUAUAUUUCUCUUUGCCAUCUUGACUUUAAUGACACUAAUAGCCAACCUGGUGUUUGUAGAGGAAGUGUUCUAUAUCUACAGGAAAACCCCCUCCUCUAAAAGGACGAUUUUUAUUUGGAUAAAUGCAGCAGCUCCGGUGAUAGCUACUACAUCAUGCAUCGGGAUGUGGAUUCCUCGCUCAACAAUGUUUACAGAUUUCACUGCAGCAGUUUUUUUUGCCAUUGUGAUCCACAAGUUCAUGCUGAUGAUGAUUAAAGAAUGUGGAGGUCAAAAGUUAUUUCUCAGGAGAUUUGAAAAUGAUCGUUUCAAGAUCAGCACAGGUCCCUGCUGUUGCUGUUGCCUUUGCCUCCCUUACGUACACAUCACUCGACGAACGCUGUUUCUGUUGAAGUUGGGGACUUUUCAACUUGCUUUUCUUCGACCUGUGCUAAUGUUUCUGUCAAUAGUGCUUUGGACCAACGGAAACUACAACCUUUCUGAUUUAACUCCUAAUGGAGCUGCAAUAUGGAUUAGCUGCUUCAUUGGUGUCCUUACAAUCAUUGCUCUUUGGCCAAUUGGAAUCAUGUUUCAACAAGUUCGAGUUCUUCUUAACUGUAAGAAGAUCAUCCCCAAGUUUGCACUUUAUCAGUUUGUCCUCAUUCUGAGCCACCUCCAGGCAGCCAUCAUCAAUAUCUUGGCUCUGCGAGGAAUUAUUCCCUGUGCACCACCUCUGGCUUCUUUAGCAAGAGGAGCAUAUAUGAACCAACAGCUCCUCAUAAUGGAAAUGUUUCUGAUAACACUGAUCUCAAGGGUGGUGUAUAGGAAAAGAUAUGAUGAUCUGGAACUUCCAGAGUGCACUGACCAGGAAACUAGCGACAACAAACAGAACACCAAGGUCAACCUAAAUGGCAAAGUUAUUGAAGAUGGAACCCAAAAUGUUUAGAAGAUGGAUGGAUGUGCUGUCUUCUGAGAGCUGGGACAAUACUUGUAGCCCAACUCGGCUUGCCCACGGCAAGAUCCUGACUAAUGUAUAUGCUUUACUUGAGGAGAUGUCCAUUGCAACUUUUAUAUUCUUAUACUGCAAAUAGCAGAUAUCCGAUCUGGAACAGCUUCUGGGAUAAAUUAAUGUGACUUGGACAGAAAGGACCAAAAAGUGGGAGGAUAAACCUCCUUAUUUUCCAGAGAUACAUAUACAGAAUGAGAGAUUUCAGUCUCCAUAUAAUUUCAUGCAGUUGUCAGACAAUUUGGGUCCCAUCAGUUGUUUGAACCUUGCAGUGUAACUGUGAAUUGAUGUAAUGCAGUAUUGCACACAUUACGGUGUUUAUACAAUGUGGCAAUACUGGAGACUCACUCUUUGUUUUUUCCUCAUUUCAUGUAGCCACCUCUGUGUUUGGAGCUCUCACCCUGGUCCAACACCUCCACCACCCUUUAUUCAAAUCCCUCCUCAACUCUCACUCUUCUCACCAAGCCCGCAACAGCUAACAUACCUCAGUAAAUAUAUCCUCUCAAACUCCAACACAUCCUGCAUGCGAUAUCCACCUCCAAUAGAUGAUAAGCUCUUUGGGUGAGGGCUAUCACUUUUUCCUGUCUUUUUUUAUACCAGUGAUUCUCAGUCUUUCAGGAGUCUGAUUUGUCUUGCAUACCUCAAGUUUCAUCUCACUUAAAAUUAUUUGCUUACAAUAUUGGACAUAAAAAUACAGAAGUGUCACAGCACACUGUUACUGAAAAAUU